UUGUGUGGCGUGAGCGAAGAGUUCGGGUUUGUAAAACUUGCUCGAAGUACUUGUGAACUGCAUUAUUUGUGCGACUGAAUUACUUUUCACAUUUCCAAGGCCUCUCUCUAGCUAUGCCUUCAAGUGAAGAUUGGAUAAACAACCCACUGGGUGUUGUCGAUGGUAUUUUUGCACAGAGCAAGUUGAGUCCAGAAUGGGAGAGAAAGGUGCUGGAGUACUUCAAAGAGAAACUGAAACUAAACGACGCCAAAUCCUGGGUUCCCUCCCUAAAUGACGUUCCCUUACACUACUUGAAGCCCAACAGUCUGGUGAAGUUCCGGUGUAUGGUCCAGGACAUGUUUGAUCCAGAAUUUUUCAUGGGGGCUUAUGAGACAGUUGAUCCCUCAACAAAUUCAAAAGAGUUGAGAUGUGGAAAGUAUAAAGAUGUUACUGACUGUGGGCAGGUGGAUUUCAACUCAAGGAACAUUGUAACAUCAGAGAGACAGACGUUCUAUUGUGUCCCUAUCCCAGGAGAAUCUCAGUGGGUGAAGGAAAGUUAUGCAUGCUCAAGUCAAGCACGAGUGGUCCCUUCCACAUCCUACACCCCACACAGACACAAACGUAGUUAUGAAGAGGAUGACGACAUGGACAUGCCGCAUCAGAAGGAAUCAAGCUCAGGACCUCAGAACCUACCUGAUCCCCGUAGGAACGUGGACUCAAAACGGCUGGAGACAGAAGCUCCCUGUCAGAACGCUUCAUCUUCUCACUGUUCAUCUAACUUGGAUCUCAACUUUCCCCUGCCUGGAGAAAGGGGCCCAGCCUGCCUGGUUAAAGUGUAUGAGGAGUGGGACAGCUUCAGACUCAAUGAUAUGCUGGAGGUCUUCGGUGUUCUCUCAGUGGACCCUGCACUGAGCUUUAUAGCUGAUGACAAGGAGGUGUCGUCUCUGUUGGAUCCAACAGACACCAUGGAAACUGCGGAGGAGCAGAGAGCCCACAGUCCACCUGCAUCUCUUGUACCUCGGCUGCACGUGCUGUAUGCCCAGCCCCUACAGCACAACAACCCACUUCUGCCCUCUGCUAUAUCAGAGGACAAAGCAUUUUUAAGCGGUUUUCUGAGUGAGUUGAACUCAGUCAGAGGCGAGCUGCUCACAUACCUCACACACGUCUUGCUGGGAGACGCGCUGGCAGCAGAAUAUCUCAUCCUCCACCUCAUCUCCAGCGUGUAUGCCCGCCGAGAUGUUCUCCCCCUGGGCAAAUUUACCCUUAAUAUUAGUGGCUGCCCACACAACUCUUCAUACACUGAACAGCUCUGCCAGAUCAUCCAACAUCUUAUGCCAUCUUCAUACCGGCUGUGCAUGAGUCUCCACAACAUGAAUAACCUGCCAAUGGUGCCCAGGAAAGACUACACAGCCAACCGACUGGUGGGUGGGAUUCUCCAGCUGGCUAGCAACACUUCUCUGUUUCUCGACGAGACGCAGCUUGAGCAAGGCCAACUGGACGCUACAGGCGUGCGGAACAUUACUGCACUGGGAAACUUGAUCUCUUGGCAGAAGGUUGAUUAUGACUUCAGCUACCACCAGAUGGAAUUCCCCUGCAAUAUUAACGUGCUCAUCGCGUCCGAGGGCCGCUCGCUCCUCCCGUGUGACAGCCAGGUGCACUUGCGGCCCACCGUGAGCCCACCCAACGUGGAGGAGUACCUCAAGGCCAUCCAGCUAGCACAACUUCCAUCCCACCUCAACAAGUAUCGGGUAUAUCUCACAGUGGCUCGCUUGCUGGACUAUAGCAUCUCCGAGCAGGUCACUAAGGCAGUGGAGGAGGACUUUGUUGAAAUGCGCAAGGAUAACCCUCAGAGCAUCUCUGCCGAGGAUCUGCACAGGAUGCUGGUAGUUGCAAGAUUGCUUUCUUUAAGCUAUGGACAGACAACUCUUUCAAGAGAUGGUUGGAUUAAAGCCAAGCAAUUGGAGAUGGUGCGAACUAGCCGGACACAGCAGCAGGAAUGUGUGAAUGGCAAUGAGCCUUAAACUAGUCUACUUUUGAACAUUAUACAUUCAGAGUUACAAGUUUGUCAACUGCAUAAUAAUUCAGGUUCCUUGUUAAAUGUCUUUGUACAGCACUGAGGUUUUUUUACUUUACCAUUUUAAAGGUGUGACCAAGAAAAGGAAAUAAACUGGUAUGUUUGAAUAAAUGUUUUUGAUAAAUCUCAACACGUGUACAGAAGACUUAAACUGAUAUGUAAAAUACUUAAUGUAUAACACUCUUACUGUUAAAAGUUAACAUCCUAGUUCAGCAUCUUGGUGAAUAAAAAUUAAAGUUGAUAUCUGUGAAACUUUUUA